UUAUUAUUUUAUAAACAAUAAAUUUGAUGAUAUGUCUAUCAUUGUCACUGUCACUUUGCAUGUCAUACGAAUAAAGAAGAUAGAUGGAGCAACAGCAGCAGCUUCUACAUUUUAUCCAUUCUUAGCAUCCCUUGGUCUUCAAUCCAGAAGAUAGAAGUGGACGUUCUUGUUGGGGGUGUGAUGAACGAGUAUAUGGACCUAGCUACAGUUGUAAAGAAUGCGGAGGGAUUUGGGUUCAUCAUAAAUCAUGUGCAGAACUACUCCUUGGGUUGCACCAUCCCUUGCACCCAAUCUAUCCUCUUAUUCUCUUCUCCACUAUUAUGGGCAUAUAACGGUGAGGACAAACAACUUUACAAAUGCGAACUCUGCAAAGAAGAUUGUGAGGAAUACACUUAUCGGUGUUCCCGCUGUGACUUCAACCUUCACAUUACAUGCGCUUCUUUAGCACCCACCACCAUGGAACCUGAAUUCCACCACCACUCGUUGACCCCCGUUUGGAAGUGGAUCACUUUCACUUGUGACAUUUGUGGCGUAGAAGACAAAGGUAUGCCCUAUUUGUGUAAUCCAUGCGGUUUUUGGAUUCAUAGAAGAUGUCCUCUUUUCCCACACAAAGUCAAAGUUAUGCAUCAUAAGCACCUCCUCCACCUCACCCAUUCUUCUCUUGAGUUCCAUCAAUCCAACUCCCGAUUUUGUCAAAUCUGUGGUCAAGAGGUGGACACAUGCUAUGGGUUUUACUAUUGCUCCAGAUGUGAUUUUGCUGCCCACCUCAAUUGUGCUAUGGGAAACAAGGAGAACAUAAAUUUGCAAGAAUUUAAAGAUGAGGAUGAAGUUUUAGAACUCAAUGAAUCGGUUGACUCAACUUACAAAGUCAAAAAAUACAAUAAGAGGGAGGGUGGAAUUCAAAUAGCUGCAGAAAUCAAACACUUUAGUCAUGAGCAUGACUUAAUGCUCACCAAGUAGCUUCUAAAUAACCAAAAAUGCGAUGGGUGCGUAAGAGCUAUUCUCCCGCCGUUUUAUAGUUGCGUAAAGUGUAGCUUCUUUCUUCAUGAAUCUUGUGCUAAUUUACCAAAAAAAAGCGACACCCACUUCAUCAACACCCACAAUCCCUGCUCCCAAUGAAACCAAG